GAGUGGUGUUUGAUGAAGUCCGUCGCCUUCAAAAGCACCGAGAGAGAACCCUAACCUCGAACCUUUUUGCGUCGCAGGCCGAACUCCGCUACCGGCACCCGCCACGAAGAGAACAGAAGAUGGAUUUGAAGGCUAGCGACAGAUUCAAUAUCAAUUCUCAGCUUGAGCAUCUUCAAGCUAAAUAUGUUGGAACAGGCCAUGCUGACUUGAGUAGAUUUGAAUGGGCAGUGAACAUCCAACGUGAUAGUUAUGCAUCAUAUAUUGGUCACUACCCUGUCCUGGCAUAUUUUGCCAUUUCUGAAAAUGAGUCAAUUGGAAGGGAACGCUACAAUUUUAUGCAAAAAAUGUUGCUGCCCUGCGGUCUUCCUCCAGAGAGAGAAGAAGAUUGAAGACGAUUGGAGCAGUGCAGCAAAUGAAUUCUGCUGUCAAUCGAUGGUUUUCUUUUCCAGGAUUGGAGAAAACUGGGAUGUAACUGUAUUUCUAUCUCGAUUAUGUUGCUUAUCACUCUCCUUUGAACUUUGAGUUGUGGAUUUGAACUUUAGUUCAGUCUAGAAGGAGCUGCUCCUUUUUACCUGAAUCUUGAUUUGUACUUUUCUAAAUGCUGUGGCCAUGCAUACUGUUCAGUGGUGAGACUUGGUAUCCUGUAAUUCCUAUGUUGUGAGAGCCUAGUAAAACAGAGCUUUCUGGAUAUCUUGCAAAGAUGAAACUGUUCCACCUUGGCCUACUUUCUGUACUGUUAUUAAAGUGUUCAAAUCCACACUUAUAUUUUUGUUGGUUUUA